AUGACGGAAGAAAUAGACGUGCAACGUCUUCGAGAUGAUUUCCUCGAGUUUCUUGCGGAACUAAUGGAGCAAUUUGAGGAGCUGCAAUCGCUGCUGUUAACCGACAAUCUGGAAAUUGCCGAUCGCUUGUUGAACACUGCACAAAGAUGCUCUUCGGGGAUUUUGUUAUUUAUCAGCGUUUUUGAAUCCCGUAAUUGGGAUGUAUGUGUCGAUAUUCUUGCUUUGCUUCACUGAUUGCUGGAAAUUUAUGACAAUUUAGUUAUAAGGUACAGCGAGCGUUUGAGGUGGAUAGAGGAACGUGAACAAGAUAACAGCUUCCACUGCGGACAGGAGCGAACGGGUACGCCAGGUAGACCUCGUUUUGUUGUGUCAAAACCACAGAUUGAAGGUUUGCAAGAGCUAGGCUUUUCAUGGUCUAAAAUAGCAAGAAUGAUUGGAAUAUCUAGAAUCACAUUAUACAGACGCCGAUUAGCAUUGGGGAUUGGAAAUGAAGUAGAGUUUAAUCAAUUGGAAGAUCAUGAGGUUGACGAACUUGUUGCUUCAAUUAUUCAGUUGUCCCCUAAUUCUGGGGAGGUAAUGGUUCGAGGAGCACUUCGUGCUAGAGGGGUUAAGAUACAGAGAUGGAGAAUUCGAGAGUCACUUAUGAGGGUCGAUCCUGUACGAAGAAGGCGCAGGCAAAGGUUGCGGAUUGAAAGGAGAGUCUACAGAGUACCUGGACCUAACAGUUUAUGGUAAGUUAUUAAAUUAAUCUAUGAAAUUAUAACUGUUGUUGUCAGGCACGGAUUUUCUGGGAGGUUGCACCCCCCAGAAAUGCUUUGCACCCCCUUCAAAUUCAUUUGGCACUGCCCCAAAAAAGUUUUUGCACCCCCUCAAAUUAUACAUAUUUUGAUUUGAUAUUUUCCUAUUUGGUUAUUCUUAUUACUAAAUUUAUAAAAUUACAAAUAUUAUCGUCUCAGAUACCGCCAUGCAGGCCUAGAAAACAAGUUUUGUUAAACAUUUUCCUUGGCCUUUCUGGACGUUGCCACCAGGCCCCGGCCAAAGCAAGCAGCAGCAACCCCCAGAUAUUUAUCCACCUCCCCCCCUCCCGAACGAAAAUAUGAAAAUCCGUCUCUGGUUGUUGUACUGACCUAAUUAAAAAUGGUAGCAUGGAUUAUACAUUGGUAGAGUGGAUUAAAUUGUUACUGCUGAAAAUUUUCUGGAUAUAUUAAAGGAGUAAUCAGAUGUCAAAAUUUUCUAACUGUUAAACCAUUUUAGGGCCUGUUUAUAUGAUCCCACUUACAUAGACAUCUCACGUAUCGGAAUGAAAAUUUCUGUGACUGUGUGUUCAUAUGGAGUUUUUCAAUGGGCUAUUCCAUAUAAUAUAUGUACACCCCCCCCCCCAUGUUGAGCAUCCCUGGAAUUCUUCAGGAGUAAAGGGUUUUGAGUUUGAAAUUUUUCAGGGGUAAAGGGUUUUCAGAUUGGAAUUAUUCAGGAGUAAAAGGUUUUGAGCUUGGAAUUCUUCAGGAGUAUAAUGUAUCCUUGACAGGGGGGGUAUGGAUAUUAGAUGGAAUAGUCCAAUGUAGUUAUAUAAUUAGCACUUGCAAAACGUGUACAUUCCAGCCAUGCAACACAAAUAUUUAGCGAUAUUGGUGUUUUCCUUCAUUUAAUUGCAAGAAAAAGCAUACCCUGGUUCCAGAGGCUCUUAAAUAACAGCGAGACAAAGUAAAGGGGAAGCAAAAUAAAUACAAGGUGAAAGAGCCAAUGGUCAAAUCGAUUGUGAAUCUCACUUCCAUACUUGAUUUAAUAGGUUCAGAAUCUGAACAUCGCAUGUGAUUGGCUGUUUGUAAACCAUAUCAAACCAGUAUGAAAUCAUUGCUACAUUUACCAGGCUAUAAUUAGUUAAAUUUGGACCUUUUGAAUUUCUGGGAAACUUAUAAUUAUAACCCCCCUUUGAAUCUCAAGAAAACAUAAGCCCUCACAUGCUUUAUAAUCCACCCCUCAAUUUUUUGGGGUCCAAACUUUUGAGUUCACCCUUCCCCCAGACAUAUCAGUUGGCAUGUCCCGAGUAAAUGUAGUAGUUAAUUAAUAUAGUUUUCAUUUGCAAACUGAAUUUUCAUGGAUUUUUUAGUUAAAAUGUAUUACUAGGCAUCUUGAUGGGCAUCAUAAACUUGUUAGAUGGAGAAUAGUCAUACAUGGUGCCAUCGAUGGGUAUUCGCGUUGCAUUACAUACUUAAAAUGUGCUACAAAUAACGAAGCAGCAACUGUUUUGACAUUUUUUCAAUAUGCUGUGCAAAGAUUUUCAGUACCCAUUCGAAUACGUUGUGAUCAUGGCACUGAAAAUAUCCAUGUGGCGAGGUGGAUGCUGGACAGAUAUGGAACAGCUUCCAAUCCUGUUCUAACCGGCCUUUCGGUACAUAAUCAGCGAAUUGAGAGGCUUUGGCGUGAUGUUGGGGAUGCUUUCGUCCGUUACUACAAAAGCCUUUUUUACUUUAUGGAAGAGAAUCACAUUUUAGAUCCAUUAAACGAAAUUCAUUUGUAUGCUUUGCAUUACAUAUAUCUACCCAGAAUUAGUCGUUCUAUAGAGGAAUUUACCCUAGCCUGGAAUAACCAUCCAGUAAGAACAGAAAAUUGCAGAUCCCCUAUUCAAAUAUGGGUCGAUGGGUUUUACCAGCAUGCCUCUUCAUGUCAGCGAGCUGUUCAAACGGCUUUAAAUCAAAAUGAUAUUGACUUUGAACAAUAUGGAAUCGAUGACGACGGUCCGCUACCCGAGCUUCAAACAAACAAUCAUAUGUGGCCAUUCCACGCUCGACAGUACAACUAG